GGAAACAGAAUCAUUCAAUGGAUCGAAUGCAUUUAUUGCAUUUUGGGUGUAUUUCGACCAUGAAAUGUAUAAAGUUUAAGUGGGAAAUGGGUGAAAAAUAAAGGGCUUUUGCAAAUAAGUUUUUAUGUGUAUGUAUUAUUGGUAACGGAAUUGAACAGUUCGAUGAAGGGAUGUGGUAAUAAUAGAGAGGAGAGAGAGUAAAAACGCGUUGGGGCGAAGAGAGGAGAGAAAGAGGGUGAAUUGCCAUACGGCAGAAGGGCGGGCUCGUGGCAAUAUGGCACGAGAACACCACCCGAAGGGGACAACACAGACGCACACAUUCAUAUACGUAUAUAUAUAUAUAUACACAUAAAUACAUACAUACAAACACAGCCAGACACGAUGAGGGUUCCAGAAAAUGCACACACACUCUCGCAUUUAGUACAGAUGUUGGGUUCGUGCAAACUGCAGCUUCCCGAAAUCCUCCCGUACAUCAAAACUCUCUUAACCCGUCGGUUUUCGCGUCAAGAGUAAUAAAGGACGAGUGUUGCAAAUCAAUCAAAGUUUAGUGCUUUUUGUCAAGGAUUUAAUAAAACCCACAUAUGAUCAGGGUUUUCCUAAGUGCAGUUUGAAAUUACCGGCCUGGGACAAUUUCACAAACGCCCUGCCUCGAUUACAUAUACCGGCCAUGCCGGCCGUGCGCUCACGCCGCGGCUGGUGCGGCUGUUUACAGGACGAUGAACCACCCGAAAUCACGUAUUGCGUCGUCGAAAAUACCGGAACCCUGUCUCUUCAGGCCAUCACACCCACACAACCAAUGCCACCGCAGGAUGAAUUGGAUGCCAAAUUUGCAGAGCUCGUGGAAGAAUUGGAUCUCACAGCACCAAACAAAGCGGCGAUGCUUGGUUUGCCUUCGCAGAAGAAAUGGCAAAUCUAUUGCUCUCAGAAGGGUGGCGAAGACGUGGUGGAUUUGACGCACGCUCCUGAACAUUACAUCGAGAUCCUUAAGACCUUCGCCAAUCAAGAAUGUCAGGAGGAAUGCAACAUCGAUGAAGACGUGAGAACCAGGACGAAACAAAUAGACGGCCUGAAAACCGCCCUGCGAACGUCCACCCACAGUUUCGUCAUCAAGUUCAUCGAGUUGGAGGGAUUGCCGGCCUUAUUAGAUUUUUUAACGAACAUGGACUACUUUACAGCUCAAAGCACGAUACAUACCAGCAUCAUAGGUUGCGUCAAAGCGCUCAUGAACAAUUCGACUGGAAGAGCUCACGUGUUGGCUCAUCCGACGAGUAUUAACACCAUAGCGCAAUCCUUGAGCACGGAAAACAUCAAGACUAAGAUUGCCGUUCUCGAGAUUCUGGGAGCUGUUUGCUUGGUCAGCGGUGGUCACAAGAAAGUUUUGGAUGCCAUGCAUCAUUACCAGAAGUACGCUUACGAGCGCAUCAGGUUCCAGGGGAUCAUCAACGAUCUGGAUAGAUCGACCGGUGUUUAUCGUGACGAAGUCAACUUGAAGACGGCAAUCAUGUCUUUCAUCAAUGCCGUCCUCAACUACGAUUUGGGUCAGGAGAAUCUGGAGUUCCGUCUGCAUUUGCGAUACGAGUUUCUGAUGCUCGGCAUACAGCCUGUAAUCGAUAAGUUGAGGAGGCAUGAGAAUGAAACGUUGGAUCGGCAUUUGGACUUCUUCGAGAUGAUUCGUAACGAUGAUGAAAAGGAGCUGGCCAAGAAGUUCGAUCAAGAACACAUUGAUACCAAAAGCGCUUCGGCUAUGUUCGAUCUGAUCAGACGCAAAUUGAGCCACACACCGGCCUAUCCUCAUCUUCUAUCCUUGCUGAAGCACUGCUUAACUUUACCGGUUUCCUCGGAGACUUAUCCGCAGUAUUGGUUGUUGUUCGAUAGGAUCGUGCAGCAAAUCGCUUUGCAGCAGAACGAGCUGAACGGUGUUAGGGAUCCGGAUUUGGCGCCUAUCAAGAUUAACGUGCAGAAGAUCGUUCAUUUGUUGGCCAAAGAGGAAGAGUUGGUGGCGGCGCGGAAGAUGGCCGGGGAAUUGGAGAAGGAGAACAACGACAUGUCCAACAGAUUGGCGAAGAAGGAGCAAGAGUUGGAUCAGAGGACGCAAGAGAAGGAGGACAUUGAAUCUAGUUUGGCUCGAAUCAAGGAGCGUCUGGAAAAGGAGACGGCCUCUCACAUCGAGACCAGACAGAAGUACAGCGAGCUCGAAUACAGAAUCACCGAAUUGGAUAGGCAGAUCAACUGCGAAAGGGGCGAACGGCAUAGGUUGGAGCGUCUAGUCACGUCGGGUAACAUUCCGGACGAUGCCAAAGUCAUCGGACUUAAGUCUGCGAUCGAAGGAGGCGCCGGUGCUGAGAUCAAAACAAACUACAGUCCGAUUCCACCGCCUCCUCCGCCGUUGGCGCCACCGCCACCACCGGCUCCUGGUCCUCCGCCACCUCCGUGCGCACCGAUGGCUCCACCGGAACCUCUUCGCAUGGAGAUGCCGAAGAAAAACGUACCGCAACCGGCGAAUCCACUGAAAUCGUUCAAUUGGUCUAAACUACCCGACGCGAAGCUCAACGGUACAAUUUGGAGCGAAUUAGAUGACACCAAGCUGUACAACGCCAUGGAACUGGAUAAUAUCGACAAGUUGUUCUGCGCUUACCAGAAGAAUGGAGUUACCAAUGAAGGUUCCAUUGAGGAUUUAAGACAGCUAGGUAAAGGAAAAACCAAAGUGUUGUCGGUGAUCGACGGAAGACGCGCUCAAAACUGCACCAUUCUCCUAUCCAAACUGAAGAUGUCCGACGAGGACAUCACCAAGUCCAUCCUGAGCAUGGACAGCAAGGAACAGUUACCAAUAGACAUGGUGGAACAACUCCUGAAGUUCACACCUAGUCCCGAAGAGAGAGCUCUGUUGGAGGAGCACGGCGACGAAAUCGAUUCCUUGGCCAGAGCGGAUCGAUUCCUCUACGAAAUUUCAAAAGUACCACAUUACGAGCAGAGAUUGCGCAGCCUUCACUACAAGAAGAGGUUCACCAUCACCGUCAACGAGAUCCUUCCGAGGAUAGCGAGCGUCAUGGAAGCUUCCAGAGAGGUUUCGCGCUCCAGGAGGCUAAGAAGACUGUUGGAAAUCGUUCUCGCUCUUGGAAACUACAUGAACCGAGGUGCCAGAGGAAACGCGUCCGGCUUCAAGUUGGCUUCGCUCAACCGUUUGGCCGAUACCAAGUCGAGCGCAUCCAAGGGAACGACGUUGCUGCAUUAUUUGGUGUUGAUUUUGGAAAAGAAAUUUAAAGAUAUUUUGCGGAUGGAUGAGGAUCUGUCGCACGUGAGGGACGCAGCUAAAGUAUCCUUAGCAGAGCUGAACAAGGACAUGGGUCAGCUGCGAGCCGGCUUGAAGGAUGUUACCAAAGAAAUCGAGUUCCACAGGAAGCAGAAUCCAGUGGCCAAUGACAAAUUCGUUCCUGUCAUGAGGGAGUUCCAGGCCACGGCCACCUGUCGCCUCGCGGAAAUCGAGGAUCAAUACCAAGAUAUGAAAACUCGAUUCGAAAGAGCAGUGAGAUUGUUCGGCGAGGAUCCGAACGCGGUGCAACCCGAUGAAUUCUUCGGCAUCUUCGACACCUUCUUGAUGACUUUCACCGAGGCUCGCCAGGACAACGAGAACAUGCGUAAAAGACAGGAGGAGGAAGAGAAACGUGCCAAACAGGAAGAAGCACUGAAGAAGCUCACAUUGGAGAGGAAACACAGCAGAGAAGGAAUCCUCUCGAGCAUCAGCAAAUCUCUGAGUCUGAAGAACGGAGAGACGACGGGUGACGCGAAAGGCGAAUUCGACGAUCUCAUCUCGGCGUUGAGGACGGGAGAUGUUUUCGGUGAAGAUAUCGCUAAGUUCAAGAGGUCCAGGAAGAACAGGAUCGGAGCAGGAAACUCACCGCCGCGACGGAAUUCCGUUAACAGAGACGACAGCAGAGAACGUGUCAUCACGAACGGAUGUAGACAGUAAAGAGAUUAUAAUUUCGUGUUCGCUCACGUUUUUGGUUUUUCUGACAUUAGAGGUGCAUCAAUUAAUCCGCUAUAAUCUAGACUGCGACUAUAAUUACGAAUUAAAUUAAUUUAAUUAAAGAAGAAAGAAAUUCGGACCAAUGUUUCAACAACAAGAAAAAGAAAACAUGCGUUCCACAGUACGUCCUCCACCCUUUACCACAAAGCGUUUUUUUUUCGUUUUGUUUCCUUUCCCUCUCU